AUCUGCAGCCUGUUACCUACUGCGAGCCAGCUUUCUGGUGCUCGAUAUCCUACUAUGAACUCAACCAGCGAGUGGGAGAGACUUUCCAUGCCUCUCAGCCCUCUAUGACCGUGGAUGGUUUCACUGACCCAUCUAAUUCCGAACGCUUCUGCCUUGGUUUACUGUCUAACGUGAACAGAAAUGCGGCAGUGGAACUCACAAGAAGACACAUUGGAAGAGGAGUAAGACUCUACUACAUUGGCGGCGAGGUGUUUGCCGAGUGCCUUAGUGACAGUGCCAUUUUUGUCCAGUCUCCCAACUGCAACCAACGCUACGGCUGGCACCCGGCAACAGUUUGCAAGAUUCCACCAGGAUGUAACUUGAAGAUUUUUAACAACCAGGAAUUCGCCGCUCUCUUGGCUCAGUCUGUAAAUCAGGGCUUCGAAGCUGUGUAUCAGCUGACCAGAAUGUGCACAAUUCGAAUGAGCUUUGUCAAGGGAUGGGGAGCCGAAUACAGGCGGCAGACUGUGACCAGUACUCCCUGCUGGAUUGAACUGCAUCUUAACGGUCCUCUGCAGUGGCUGGACAAGGUCCUUACACAAAUGGGCUCCCCGAGUAUUCGCUGUUCCAGCGUCUCCUAAGGAAACAUCUCCUGGGGGUGGGUGGGGGGGGACAAAGACUCUGGAAAAAUGGAAUUGGCUUAACCCUUAGCAAAAUGCAGAGUGCAUAGUAAACAAAUUCCCAGUUAUUGACAUGACAAGAAAAAAAAAA